UGAAAUAAACUUAUGGUAAGAGAACGGAAAUGUUACACAUAAUACAUGGGACAUUUCAAAUAUGAAGCUUAUGCUGAAGUUUAGGUGAUUGCCAGGCUUGUAUGGCUCAUCACUAUCAUUAUAAAGUCUGACUGUAGAGUGCAAGAAGGUCCCAUACUCCAACAUACCCAAACUCCAGCCCUGAUCUGUAAAACACACCCAAACUCCAGCCCUGAUCUGUAGAACAUACCCAAACUCCAGCCCUGAUCUGUAGUACACACCCAAACUCCAGGCCAGACCUGUAGAACAGGCCCAAACUCCAGCCCUGUUCUGUAGUACACACCCAUACUCCAGGCCUGACCUGUAGAACAGGCCCAAACUCCAGCCCUGAUCUGUAGAACAUACCCAAACUCCAGCCCUGAUCUGUAAAACACACCCAAACUCCAGCCCUGAUCUGUAGAACAGGCCCAAACUCCAGCCCUGAUCUGUAGAACAGGCCCAAACUCCAGCCCUGACCUGUAGAACAUGCCCAAACUCUAGCCCUGAUCUGCAGUACACACCCAUACUCCAGGCCUGACCUGUAGAACAUGCCCAAACUCUAGCCCUGUUCUGUAGUACACACCCAUACUCCAGGCCUGACCUGUAGAACAUGCCCAUACUCCAGGCCUGACCUGUAGAACACAUCCAUACUCCAGGCCUGACCUGUAGUACACACCCAUACUCCAGGCCUGACCUGUAGAACAGGCCCAAACUCCUGGCCGGACCUGUAGAACAGGCCCAAACUCCAGCCCUGUUCUGUAGUACACACCCAUACUCCAGGCCUGACCUGUAGAACAGGCCCAAACUCCAGCCCUGUUCUGUAGUACACACCCAUACUCCAGGCCUGACCUGUAGAACAGGCCCAAACUCCAGGCCAGACCUGUAGAACAGGCCCAAACUCCAGCCCUGUUCUGUAGUACACACCCAUACUCCAGGCCUGACCUGUAGAACAGGCCCAAACUCCAGGCCUGACCUGUAGAACAUGCCCAAACUCUAGCCCUGAUCUGUAGAACACACCCAUUCUCCAGGCCUGAUCUGUAGAACAGGCCCAAACUCCAGGCCUGACCUGUAGAACAUGCCCAUACUCCAGGCCUGACCUGUAGAACAUGCCCAUACUCCAGGCCUGACCUGUAGAACAUGCCCAUACUCCAGGCCUGACCUGUAGAACAGGCCCAAACUCCAGCCCUGUUCUGUAGUACACACCCAUACUCCAGGCCUGACCUGUAGAACAUGCCCAAACUCCAGGCCUGACCUGUAGAACAGGCCCAAACUCCAGCCCUGUUCUGUAGUACACACCCAUACUCCAGGCCUGACCUGUAGAACAUGCCCAUACUCCAGGCCUGACCUGUAGAAUAUGCCCAUACUCCAGGCCUGACCUGUAGAACAUGCCCAUACUCCAGGCCUGACCUGUAGAACAGGCCCAAACUCUAGCCCUGAUCUAUAGUACACACCCAUACUCCAGGCCUGACCUGUAGAACAUGCCCAUACUCCAGACCUGACCUGUAGAACAUGCCCAAACUCCAGCCCUGAUCUGUAGAACAGGCCCAAACUCCAGGCCUGACCUGUAGUACACACCCAUACUCCAGGCCUGACCUGUAGAACAUGCCCAUACUCCAGGCCUGACCUGUAGAACAUGCCCAUACUCCAGGCCUGACCUGUAGAACAGGCCCAAACUCCAGCCCUGAUCUGUAGAACAUGCCCAUACUCCAGGCCUGACCUGUAGAACAUGCCCAUACUCCAGGCCUGACCUGUGGAACAUGCCCAUGGAGCUCAUAUAGAGCACAAAUAAGUAUGGAGUCAAAGCCCCUCCUUAGCGUACUCUUAUUGGGUCCAGUCGCUGUGUGUAUUGUUAGCGAGCCCCUUUUGAGUGCUUCCAUGGAGGUACUUAAGGGUCCAUGGUACGUCUCUGGGUUCUGAAAUGACCUCAUAUAUAUCAGCUAAUUGCACCCAAAUCACUGGGAUGUGUCCUGAGUCCAGUGCCAUCAGCUAAGAACUGCCAUGUUCUUACCAGGGCAAUUCCUGUUGAAGAGUUCUUCUGGUAGGCAAAUUGAUCUUGCACAACUGAAAGGAUGUGAUGACUGUUUCAUUUGGGCAUGCAUUUUUCAUGCACUUUUCUGGGGGUGGAAGUGUAGUAUAGUGGAUAAGGAGCUGGCCUUGUAACCUAAAGAUCACAGGUUCGACAUUGCCAUUGUACCCUUAAGCUGCAUUGCUUCAGUAUAUAUCCAGCUGUAUAAAUGGAUGCUGUGUAAAAGUUGUGUAAGUAGCUCUGGAUAAGAGCGGGAAGAGAGAAAUUCUUAUCCAAACUUUCAUAUUUUACAUUUGGGGAGAAAUUCUUAUCCAAACUUUCAUAUUUUACAUUUGGGGAGAAAUUCUUAUCCAAACUUUAAUAUUUUUCAAUUACCGUUUAUUGGAUUACAUGGAAUGUUUGAAGUGGGAUUAUUAAAAAUGCUACAGUAAAAUUUCACAGUAAUGGGGUAGGAUGUAGACCAGGACCCCUUCUGCCAGGAACAAGUGACAGAAUUUUCUGAACUUUGACAUUUCGAGAGAAAUAUUAUCUAAUAUGUCAAUUUUUCAAUUGGAUUUUAUUACUGUAUUUGUUUAUAUAGACAGUUUGGAGUUUUAUUUCCAUAUGGUGCAGUGAUAUUUCAUCCACACCAUUUCAAAUGUACAUUAUUUCCUGUUCUCUCAUACACAUGUAAUGUUGAGACGAUUAGAUUCUAAGGAGAAAACAAAAUGCGUGACACUUGGGUAUCUGAUAUUUCAAUAUUACAGAAAACGUCGUCUUAAACGACAUGUGAAGUGAUUGUAACAAAAUAAAAAAUAAAAAACUAAUUUCAAAUCACCACCUUUGUUCAAUUUCUCACUUGAGCCUUAUCUCACUUUUAGAAGCAAAUUAUAGCCUUUGCAAACCGCGAAACCAUCAGAUCAUAUAACGCAACCCGUUUAAGGUGGACCGGAAAUUUCAAAUCGGGAUCUGCGAAUUGGGAGCCAACUUCAGCGUCGUCACUUCAAAUGUGUCGAUAUUUGUUUGAAUCUAUUUACAGCUAAAGUUGUAGAAAUCCUUUAAAUAUUAUGAAGCUGUUGAAGUGAAAUUAAGAAUUAUAUCCUAAUCCUCCAUACAGAAUUUUAAGUUCUAUUUAGGAUGUAGGCCCAACGUUUUGAGUUUUUUUAUUCUUCUUAACUAUUCUAAAGACAUUGCAGAAGACAUUUGCAUGAAUGGAGAAUGAAACCUAAAAAAAAAAAUAAAAAAAUAAAAAAAGCCGCCUGUCUGUCGGUUCUUAAAUUCGUUUCGUUUCUGCUCACAACAAUGAGGAAAUAAAAACUUAUACGAUGCGGGAUGUGCUCAUUACAUUUGAAAUGUGUCUCUAAUGGCUAACUCGAUCCUGGAGAUCCUGGAGGACCUGUCAAAAGAAGAAUUUAAAAAGUUCACAUUUUAUUUGAAUGACCAGGUACUGGAAGAAUGUAGACCCAUUCCACAAGGUCGACUGGAAGACAAAGGUGUGACAGAUGUUGUCAGAUUGAUGAAGAGCUCCUAUGGUAACAGGAUGGUGGAGGUCACUCUGGAGAUCUUAAAGAAAAUUCCAAGAAAUGAUCUCAUUCUGAAAUUGGAGAGCGAUCCUGAAAAUGAAACGUGUGCUGAAAGAGUCCGGGAGAAGCUGAAGUCUAGCCUGAAGAAGAGGUUUGAGUGUAUAUAUGAAGGGCUUGCCAAGCCUGGAAAACACACCCUGCUCAACAGUAUUUACACUGAGCUCUACAUCACAGAGGGGGACUGUGAGGGUGUUAAUGAGGAGCACGAGGUGUGGCAGCUAGAGACAGCAUCCAGGACACAUGCUACACAAGACACUGCAAUCAACUGCAAUGAAAUCUUUAAACCCUUAUCUGGACAAGAGAGACCCAUCAGAACUGUGCUGACCAAGGGCAUCGCUGGUAUUGGAAAAACGGUCUCCGUGCAGAAGUUCAUUCUUGACUGGGCGGAAGGAAAAGCUAAUCAGGAUGUUGAUUUCAUUUUUUUUCUUCCUUUUCGGGAGCUGAACUUGAUUAAUGAGGAGUACAGUCUCCUUGAGCUUCUGCAGGUCUUUUAUCCUGAAAUGAAAGGGUUUGAAAAUAUUGAGUUUGAUAAUUACAAGGUUUUGUUCAUCUUUGAUGGUCUGGAUGAAUGGCUUCAUUUCAGUGUCCGGAACCGUAAGAUACUGUCUGACGUAAGAAAAAAAUCUCCUGUAGAUGUGUUGCUGACUAACCUCCUUAAGAAGAUUCUCUUCCCCUCUGCUCUCCUCUGGAUCACCUCUCGACCUGCAGCAGCCAGUCGGAUCCUGCCUGAAUUAAUUCACCGGGUGACGGAGGUCAGAGGAUUCAAUGAUGCACAGAAAGAGGAGUACUUCAGGAAGAGAUUCAGAGAUCAGAAUCUUGUUGAAAGAAGUAUCUCUCACAUAAAGACAUCCAGGAGCCUUUACAUCAUGUGCCAUAUACCACUCUUCUGCUGGAUGUCUGCUACUGUUCUGGAGCGACUUUUGAGUGGACCUGACAGUGGAGAACUCCCUAAAUCACUGACUGAAAUGUACUCAUAUUUCCUCUACACCCAGGCUGAAUUCAUGCAGAAAAAAUAUCAGGAGAACCAUGAGACAGAUGCACAGAAAAUUCUGGAACCGGUUAAGGAGAUCUUUCUGAAACUGGGGCAGCUGGCUUUUCAACAUCUGGAAAAGGGAAAUUCAAUAUUUUAUGAAGAGGACCUGAUAAAGUGUAACAUUGAUGUCACAGAAGCAUCAGUGUACUCUGGGGUGUGCACAGAAAUCUUGAAAGAAGAGUCUGUGCUGCAUCAGAAGAAAGUCUACUGCUUUGUACAUCUGAGCCUCCAGGAGUACCUGGCUGCAUUGUAUGUGAUUAAUUCAUUUAUAGGAAAGAACUUCAAGGCUUUGAAGCCCUUCUUCGGUAAAAAGACUUUACCCAAUGGACUGUCUCUCAGUGACUUCCACAAGAAAGCUAUUAAGAAGGCUCUGGAGAGUAAGAAUGGACACCUGGACCUUUUCCUUCGAUUCCUUCUGGGCCUCUCACUGGAUUCCAAUCAACGCCUUGUCCAAGGUAUACUGACACAGACAGGAAGUAACCCAAAGUGCAUCCAGAAAACAGUUCAGCACAUCAAGGUCUUUAAAGAGAAAGAUCCCUCCCCAGAAAGAUGCAUCAACCUGUUCCACUGUCUGUCUGAACUCAGUGAUGAUUCCCUUGUGAAGGAUGUCCAAAAGUACUUGAGCUCAGGAAGUCCAUCUGGUGAAAAGAUCUCACCUGCUCACUGCUCUGUCCUGGCCUAUGUGCUCCUAGUGUCAGAGAAGGAGCUGGAUGAGUUUGACCUGAGAAAAUACAACACCUCAGAAGAGGGGCGACGUAGACUAGUCCCAGCUGUGAAGUGCUGCAGGAAGGCUGUGUAAGUAUUAGUUUGUAAUUCAUUACCAUAAUCUACCAUAAAAACCUCAAUCCAAA